GGGGGGGGGGGGGGUCUAAGAGAGCUCCUUGGUCAAAAGUCACAAGAGACCUAAUUCCUCCACUGGGGCACCCAUGGCAUUGAUCACCCAUCUGUGGCCCUCUGUUGGUGCUAGAUGCUUUUAGAUCCUCUCCUUCGGGAGAUCGUGGUAAGGUGGAGGGGGCAGCUAACACUGCCUCGGACACUGACAGGCUCUCUGGUGGUCUCGUGGAUCUGGGAAGGCAGGCGGUUCCCCCUCUUAGGCUGUGUAGAUGAGUGCCCUUGGUUCACUGUUGGAAUGCUCUGGUUAGGCCAUGUUGUAUCUGCCCACAUCCCUCAGUCCCCGCCCAGCCCUGUGAGGCAAGGGCUGCCAUUGUCCCUCUAACGAAAUGUAACCUAACCUUUUUGGGCUUCAGCUUUGCUGCUUCCUUCAGACCAGCUCUCCCGCUCUCCACGUCUCUGGGCUCUCCUGUGCCCAGACCUGGGGGGCUGGCCUGGCCAUCAGAGGGUUGUUCAGUGGGACAGUGCUUGGAUAGGGUGGAGUGAUGAUAUGCUCUUACCCAGGGUCCCCAGGGCAUGGUGAUUGCAUGUGCCAGGCUGUUGGUAGGCAGGUUAGGUGUGUGGUUCAGCUUAUAGGUGGGGACAUGGCCUCCUAGGAGUGUCUCAGGGACUGAGUAGUAUCAGCUGGGCAGGUCCUAGGUAGAACCCAGAGUAGGGGAGAAGGGGACAGCAUGAUGGUGCAGUGCCCAGAAAUAAUGGGUGCUGAUGGGGGUGCCAGAAGGGAGAUUAGGGCAGGUUGGGGCUGGGGCGCCAGGUAGUCUAAGCAAAACAGGUCCAGGACUGGGGAGGAAGGAGGUUUUCAUGGACGUUGGGGCCAGCUCUGCUACCCCUGCCCUGACCCCUGGUCCCUCAGGCAGGGACCCUCCAUAACUCCAUAACAAAGGAGGGAAGGACAUUUUUCGACUCUGGGCUCUGAGUACAGUGUAGACCUAGAGCUAGGGGGCCCUCCUAGGGAAGGCCUAGCACCUCCUGCCCAAAAGGGCCCAGGCUGAGCACAGGACACUGCGGGGAACGGGGCCUGGGAUGUGCAGAGGAAACCGAUGGGCUAGAGUGGAAGUGAGUCAGGGUGAGUCACUGCCUGGCAGGUGUAGGCGUGCUGCUGACCCUUCCCCGUCCCAGCACAGGUGUUUGUCAGGCAUUGGUGGGGUCUGGGCUACAAGAGCCCCUUUUCUGGAGCACUCGCACGUGGUGAACCACAGGGGAACAGGGCAGUCAGGAAGGGGUGCCGGCAGGGACCUAGGAGGACUUGCCAAAAGAGGAGGCUUCCUCUGAGCCUUGAAGAAGGCCCUCUGGGGAGGGGAGCCCUCUGCUCGUAGGACAGGUGCCGGCAUGCCUGGGGCGUUGGCCAACUGGCCUCAGGAGUGAGAUCAGAAGUGGGGGGUAGGACCGGGCCUGAGGGACCAGGAGUCAGGGCAGGGGUAGCAGAGCUGGCCCCAACUGUCAUCCCAGAGGUCUUGAGGAGCAAGAGUGGAACACUCGCAUGUCACCAGGAAGCGGGUGUGGGCUGUGAGCAGUUGUAGGCACUAAGACCAGGCUCUGCACUGGGAGUCCCAAGGUGCCAUGACACCCCUGUUGCCCUCCAUUGGGUCUCUCCUGGGGGGGGGUCCCCUUCUCUGUCACUCCCUGACUGUAUCUCUGGCUCCCCUGCUUCCUGGGCCUUGUCUGGUGUCUGGACCGGGUCUCUCAGCCUUGAUGCUUCGACCCACAUGCCCUCCCCGAAAGAAGCGCCCUAAAACCCUGUGCCAGUAAGGUGGGGAGGGGGCUGGCUGCCGCAGCAGUUCCGGCUUCCCUUGGGUCCCCCCUAGAGAGCCAGACAGGUCUAGGUCCUGUAAUCUGGGGGUUCUGGGAGGGCAGGGGCCAGUCUUGCCUGCAUCAUUGCACCAGGUGCCUGGCCCAGAGUUUGCGAAAUGACCAUACUUUUCUCUAGCUGAAGGAUGCACGUGGGUCAGAGCAGUGCAGGGCCCUGGUUCCCCGCAGCUGAAGAAUGUUGGAGAAAGCAGUUGGGUCGGGCCGCCAGCUGGCUGCCAUACUUUGAUUGGGGCUGGGCGGGGACUAGAUAGUCUGCCUCCCGGGCCUACAGGAGGCCUCCCUCAGCGUUCACGGAGAGUGCACCAAGUGGGACAGCCUAGGGGCCCCUGCUCCUCGGGCCCGGAGUCCCUCCCUCUGGUGUGUGUAGCACUGACGGCCGGGUCCUCUCUGGGGGGGGGGUCUCUCUCGGUGGUGGUUGGGCCUCUAGGCUACCUCAAGUGUGACAUGGACGAUGCCUCGGAAACCCGUGAGGAGAACCUGGGGGAUGAGGCCUUCGACACGGUCACCUCCUCCAUUGUGUCUGGCGAGAGCAUCCGUUUUUUUGUCAACGUCAACCUGGAGGUGCAGCCCGCCCAGGCUGUACCUGAAGUUAAAGAACUUUGAGGAAGAGGUACGUGCACACCGGGACCUCGACGGCUUCCUGGCACGGGCCAGCAUCAUCCUGAACGAGACGGCUACCUCGCUGGAUGAUGUGCUGCGGGCCAUGCUGUCCCGCUUAGCCCAUGACCCCCACAACACCGAGCCCGACUGCAAUUUGCGCCUGUUCAUGGCCAUGCUCUUCACGGAUGCCGGGGCUCCCAUGGAGGGUAAAGCCCACCUGCUGUCAGACACCAUCCAAGGGGUCACUGCCACGGCCACAGGGGUGCAAUACCAGCAGUCCUGGAUCUGCAUCAUCUGUACCUCCAAGGCCCUGCAGAAGCGGCAUGUGUGCAUCAGCCGGCUGGUUCGCCCACAGAACUGGGGAGAGAACUCGUGUGAGGUGCGAUUCGUCAUCCUGGUGCUGGCCCCGCCCAAGAUGAAAAGCACCAAGACUGCAGCUGAGGUGGGGCGCACAUUCGCCACCAUGUUCUUGGACAUCACCUUCCGCCAGAAGCUCCUGAACACCCGCACGGAGGAAGAAUUCAAGGAGGCUCUGGUGCAUCAGAGACAGCUGCUCACCAUGGAGAGGCAGCGUUCAUCCAUCGGGACAAAGGGUUACAUGAACUCCAUCAGCAUACACAAAUCCCCACAGCCCCCGAAGCACAAGGACUUUCUCCCUAUGGGGAAGGGCAUCCGGGAGGACAUUGCCCGCAGAUUCCCUGUGUACCCACUGGACUUCACUGACGGCAUUAUCGGCAAAAAUAAGGCUGUGGGCAAAUACAUCACCACCACCCUGUUCCUCUACUUUGCCUGCCUCCUGCCUACCAUCGCUUUUGGGUCCCUCAACGAUGAGAACACCAACGGGGCCAUCGAUGUGCAGAAAACCAUAGCAGGGCAGAGCAUUGGAGGCCUCUUGUACGCACUCUUCUCUGGGCAGCCGCUGGUGGUACUGCUGACCACUGCGCCCCUGGCCCUCUACAUCCAAGUAAUUUCUGGCAUCUGUGACGACUACGAUCUGGACUUCAACACCUUCUACGCGUGGACGGGCCUGUGGAACAGUUUCUUUCUCGCGCUUUAUUCCCUCUUCAACCUCAGCCUGCUCAUGAGUCUCUUCAAGAGGUCAACAGAAGAGAUCAUUGCCCUGUUCAUUUCCAUCACGUUCAUGCUGGAUGCUGUCAAGGGCAUGGUUAAAAUCUUCCAGAAGUACUACUAUGACAACUUUGGGAACCACCAUGAAGACAACACUUCUGUGGUGAGCCUGCUGGGCCUCGGCACCAGCCUCAACACCAGCCUCCACACCGCCCUCAACACCAGCCUCCUGGCGAGCCCCCUGGAGUUGACCUCCGUAAGCGGCCCUGGUACUGAGCACCUGGGCCGGGAGACUGCUGUACUGAGCCUCCUGAUCAUGCUGGGCACGCUGUGGCUGAGCUACACCCUCUACCAGUUCAAGAAGAGCCCCUACCUGCACCCCUACAUGAGGGAGAUCCUGUCAGACUGUGCCUUGCCCAUCUCGGUGCUCACCUUCUCCCUCAUCUGCUCCUACGGCUUCCGGGAAAUUAAAAUGAGCCAGUUCCGCUACAACCCCAGCAAGAGCCUGUUUGAGGUAGCCGAGAUGCACUCCCUGUCCCUGGGCGCCGUCACCAGUGCCAUGGGCCUGGGCUUCCUGCUCUCCUUGCUCUUCUUCAUUGAGCAGAACCUGGUGGCUGCCUUGGCUAAUGCCCCAGAGAACAGGCUGGUGAAGGGCACCGCCUACCACUGGGACCUCCUGCUCAUCGCCAUCAUCAACAGUGGGCUGUCUCUGUUUGGGCUGCCCUGGAUCCAUGCCGCCUACCCCCACUCCCCACUGCACGUGCGGGCAUUGGCCAUGGUGGAGGAGCGUGUGGAGAACGGGCACAUUUACGAGACGAUCGUGAAUGUGAAGGAGACACGGCUGACUACGCUGGGUGCCAGCAUCCUGGUGGGCUUCUCCCUCCUGCUGCUGCCCUUCCCCCUGCAGUGGAUCCCCAAGCCGGUGCUCUACGGCCUCUUCCUCUACAUCGCGCUCACCUCCAUUGACGGCAACCAGCUCUUUGAGCGCGUGGCCCUGCUGCUCAAGGACCAGACCUCGUACCCGCCCACCCACUACAUCCGGAGGGUGCCCCAGCGGAAGAUCCACUACUUCACGGGCCUGCAGGUCAUGCAGCUGCUGCUGCUCUGUGCCUUUGGCAUGAGCAACCUGCCCUACAUGAAGAUGAUCUUCCCCCUCAUCAUGAUCGUCAUGAUCCCCAUCCGCUACAACCUGCUGCCCCGAAUCAUUGAAGCCAAGUACCUGGACGUCAUGGAUGCUGAACACUGAGGCCCUGGCCGUGUCCCAUUCACCUGUCCCUUUGGCUCUUCCCAGGCUGACUGUAGCCAUGUGGGGAGAGGUACGGGUGUCUUUUGGGGUGUUCCUGUGUGCUGCACUCCCUCCCAGCUGUCCCAACAGGCCUAGGACAUCGGGGCAUCAAGGUCGGGGGGGGGGGGGUCCGUGGCGUGUGCCCAUCCCUGUCCCCAUUAGCCUUUCGCUUGGGUCAGUAACACUGCUCAGGACAACUUCUGCCCAGAGUGGAACUAAAGCCGGAUUUUCUUUUGAUAAAAGAGUCAGAUGUCUGAAAGAGAAACCAUUUCCUUGAUUGUAUAAGGAAUUUGCUGUGUGCACAUUAGAGAAUAAAGCUCCCGUUUCUACGCUUCCA